AUGGCGCGGCCACCUCACCUGCGGCGCUGGUGGCCCCCGGCUCCUCCCCGGCCUCCUCUCCUCCUGCUCCUGCUCGCCGCCGUCCCUUGGCUGCCGGCCGCGCCGGCCUCCUCGCCCAGCCCGUGCCCGGCCGCCUGCACCUGCAGCAACCAGGCCAGCCGCGUCAUCUGCACGCGGCGCGAGCUGCUGGAGGUGCCGCAGAGCAUCUCGGUGAACACGCGCUACCUGAACCUGCAGGAGAACCACAUCCAGGUGAUCCGCACCGACACCUUCAAGCACCUGCGGCACCUGGAGAUCCUGCAGCUCAGCCGCAACCUGGUGCGCAAGGUGGAGGUGGGCGCCUUCAACGGGCUGCCCAACCUGAACACGCUGGAGCUCUUCGACAACCGGCUGACCACGGUGCCCACGCAGGCCUUCGAGUACCUGUCCAAGCUGCGGGAGCUGUGGCUGAGGAACAACCCCAUCGAGAGCAUCCCCAGCUACGCCUUCAACCGCGUGCCCUCGCUGCGCCGCCUCGACCUGGGCGAGCUCAAGCGCCUCGAGUACAUCUCCGAGGCCGCCUUCGAGGGCCUGGUGAACCUGCGUUACCUCAACCUGGGCAUGUGCAACCUCAAGGAGAUCCCCAACCUGACGGCGCUGGUGAGGCUGGAGGAGCUGGAGCUGUCCGGGAACCGCCUGGGCCGGGUGCGGCCGGGCUCCUUCCAGGGCCUGGGCAGCCUGAGGAAGCUGUGGCUGAUGCACGCGCGCGUGGCGGCCGUCGAGAGGAACGCCUUCGACGACCUGAAGGCGCUGGAGGAGCUGAACUUGGCUCACAACGACCUGGCCUCGCUCCCUCACGACCUGUUCGCCCCCCUGCACCGCCUGGAGCGCGUCCACCUGCACCACAACCCCUGGCGCUGCGACUGCGACGUGCUCUGGCUCAGCUGGUGGCUCCGCGAGACCGUGCCCAGCAACACCAGCUGCUGCGCCCGGUGCCACGCGCCGCCCGCGCUGCGCGGCCGCUACCUGGGCGAGCUGGAGCCCGGCCACUUCACCUGCUACGCUCCGGUCAUCGUGGAGCCGCCGGCGGACCUCAACGUCACCGAGGGCAUGGCGGCCGAGCUGAAGUGCCGCACGGGCACGGCCAUGACGUCGGUGAAUUGGCUGACGCCCAACGGGACGCUGAUGACGCACGGCUCGUACCGCGUGCGCAUCUCGGUGCUGCACGACGGAACGCUCAACUUCACCAACGUCACCGUGCAGGACACGGGCCAGUACACCUGUAUGGUCACCAACGCCGCCGGCAACACCACGGCCACCGCCACGCUCAACGUCUCGGCCGCCGACGCCGCCGCAGCCGCCGCCGCCGCCGCCGCCGCGGCCACCGGUUACACCUAUUUCACCACGGUCACCGUGGAAACCACCGAAGGCGCCGGAGGCGACGAACAAACCCCCCAGACCCCCGCGGCGCCCACGGCGGCCGGCUGGGAACCGGCCGGCGCCUCCACGGCCGCUCCGGCCACUCGCGCCACCGGCAAACCCUUCACCGUCCCCGUCACCGCCGCCGCCGGCGCCGCCGCCGCCGGCGGGGGAGGCCUCCAAGAUUUGGACGACGUCUUGAAGACCACCAAGAUCAUCAUCGGUUGCUUCGUGGCCAUCACCUUCAUGGCCGCCGUCAUGCUGGUGGCUUUCUACAAGCUCCGCAAGCAGCACCAGCGCCACAAGCACCGCGGCGGCCCCGCGCGCGCCGUCGAGAUCGUCAACGUCGAGGACGAGCUGGCCGGAGGAACCGGCGGCGCCGGAGGAGGUUCCGGCAACGCCGGCGUCGGAGGGGACAACCGUUUGGCGUUGCCGGCGUUGGAGAGGGAGCACCUGGACAGGUACGCGGCGUUGGCCGCGCAUUACGGCGGGCCGGCGGCGGCGUUGGGCUGCGGGAAGACGCCGCUGCUCAACUCGGUGCACGAGCCGCUGUUGUUCAAGAGCCCUUCCAAGGAGAACGUGCAGGAGACGCAGAUUUGAGGGGUUUUGGGGGUAAUUUUUGGUUGUGUUGUUAUUUUUUGGUUUUCUGGUUUUUUUUUUUUUUGGGGGGUGGGUUUGGUGAUGGAGGAGCCCGCCCUGGAAAAAAAACAAACAAAAAAACAAACAAACAAACAAACAAACAAACAAAAAAACGAACAAAAAAACCAACAGAACGAAACAAAAGAAAACAAAAAAAAAAAAAAAAAAGGAAAGGAAGAACGAAACGGAAAAAAAAAAAGACAAUAAGGAAAAAAACAAAAAAAAUAUCGGAUCCCCCCCCUCCUUCUCUCCACGGAAAAAUCGCGACUCCAGGAAAAAGGGAGGAGGAAAAAAUAAAGUUGGAAUGAGAGUGGGGAGGGGGGAAAAAAAAAUGGGGGAGUUGGAGGUUGGAGGAAAUGGGGAGAGAAACCCGAAAAAUGUGGAGGAGACUUUUGGAAAAAUGGGGGAGAAUCGUGGAGAAAAAAUGUGGGGAGAACCCCCCCACCCCCCCAAAAAAAAAAAAACAAAAAAAAUGUGGGGGAGACUUUGGAAAAAAUGUGGGGAGACUCCUGGAAAAAAAAAAAACAAAUGUGGGAGAGACUCUGAGGAAGAAGUGGGGAAUGGUCCCCAAAAAAUGGGGGGAAAAACCCUAAAAAAUGUGGGGGAGACGCUCCUGGAAAAGGUGGAGGGGGAAAAAGAAAAUAAUAAUAAUAAUCCCAAAAAAAAACUGUGGGGGAGGUUGUGAGGAAGGAGGGGGG